CGGCUUCCUGUAUCUUCCUGAGGUGUUUAGAACUCGGGCGUUGGGUGGUGGCCGUCUCCGUGCGCCGCGGGAUAACCGACAGUUUACAGCACAUUUCCUUUUAUUGUCAUUAUUUUUUUAUUAAAUCACCUGACGGGCUGCCGGGAGCUGCGACGCCAAAACAGCCAUGCAGGCCAUAAAAUGCGUGGUGGUCGGGGACGGGGCUGUAGGUAAAACUUGUUUGCUGAUCAGCUAUACCACCAAUGCUUUCCCUGGGGAGUAUAUCCCAACAGUGUUUGACAACUAUUCUGCCAAUGUCAUGGUAGAUGGAAAGCCAGUUAACCUGGGCUUGUGGGAUACAGCAGGUCAGGAGGAUUAUGACCGAUUACGUCCAUUGUCUUAUCCACAGACGGACGUGUUUUUAAUUUGCUUUUCACUCGUCAGCCCUGCCUCAUUUGAAAAUGUUCGUGCAAAGUGGUAUCCAGAAGUACGACACCAUUGCCCAAACACUCCUAUUAUUCUUGUGGGCACAAAACUUGAUCUGAGAGAUGACAAAGACACCAUUGAAAAGCUGAAAGAGAAGAAACUGACACCCAUUACUUACCCUCAGGGACUUGCCAUGGCAAAAGAGAUUGGUGCAGUAAAAUACCUGGAAUGCUCCGCACUUACACAGCGAGGUCUGAAGACUGUUUUUGAUGAAGCAAUUCGAGCAGUUCUCUGCCCUCCCCCAAUUAAGAAGAAAAAGAGAAAAUGUCUGGUUUUGUAAACUCUCGCCAUCCUGUGUCCAAUCUGAGUUUACAAGCUCAAAUGGGAUUAUUGAGACUCAAAAUGCCAACUCCCAGCCCUCUUUGUAAUACUUCAUUUUCUGCCUAUAAAGUAAUCUUGAAUCCACAACAACAAAAAUAAUCUCAUGGUUUUCUUCAUCCUAAGUGACAAAUUAUUUCCAGAUUCUACUAAAUGCAAUUCUGAAUAUGAUCAAUCUACUAGCCUUAUUUUUUCAGAAAUUGUUUGCUUAGACUAAUCAUGUUGCCAAAAUACCCACACAACUCAGUAAAAAUGUGUGCUACAAACAUGAGCCAUUAAAUAUAUAUAUAUAUCUAUAUUAAAGACACAUGUCUUUAUUCUGGUUUAAUAAAAUGUAUCUAUUAGAUAGGAAAUUGUUCAGAUAUCCACAGUGCGCUAGGUGUGCUUGCUGCAUAUAUUAAACACUUAACCUAAAAUCACUGUAUUGCAUUGUAAAUCAAACGGUUAUUUAGGAAUGUUAGAAUAUUAUGCAUCUUACUUGCUUGGGUUAAAAUAAAAGUAACUGGUUAAAGGGUACUAAUCUGCUCUUAUUGACACCUUUGUGUUAAACUCGAAGUGUAAAAACAGGUUAAGUCUAACUUGUGACUAAGCAACAGUAUUUAAACAUUUGACACUACAGCUCUGUACCUUGUGGAGAGGAUUUAUAUGUUUUGUUAAUGCAGUAGUGAGAAAAAAAGUUUGCUAAAGGUAAGUAUUUGGUUUCAGACAUUUUAUUCCUUUUUCUUUUAGGGCAUUUAUAUUUUCCCUCUGAUUUGGGGAUGCCCCAAAUAGUCAGGAAUUUUAAGUUCAUAUGAUAAUAGGAGUAUCUCGCAUGAUUCAGGUUCUUGGCAGUUGAGGCUGGUUUAGGGUGCAAUACUUUACAUUGCUUGUUGACUCCUAGCUUUUUGUGCCUUUCCGGCGAGAUAAGGGGUAGGGGGUUCAUAUGGUUUAUUGGUCAUUCCCACAGAUUCGAAGACUUAAACGCUUUCCAUGUUAUCUAUUGUAGAAUAUCUUGUAUUUUAAUAUCCCUCUGAUUAUUGUAAUUUGCAUUUUUGUAGUUUAUGAAGUUUAAAUUAAUAUGGGUUUUCCAUGUUACUUUGCUUAAAGGUAUGCAAUUAAUGGCCGCCUUAUAACACUAGGUGUAAAAAUUAUGUGAAGCUGCUCUUCAAUUAUAGUAAUUUUUAUACUUGUGCCAUCCUUUUGACGCAUAAUCUUUACAUUUCUAACACACCAACACUGUAAUAUUACUAAUUUACUUCUGCUUUCUUUACCAUCAGCUUUUUGUGAAAUCAUUAAUGUUUUUAUUGGUUCUUAUCUUGGGUCUGUGAGGUUCUAUUAAUUAUAGACCAAGUUUUAAUAAUGUGAUGUACAUCCAAACACUGGCAAAAAAAGGAGAAAAAAAACCUAUAGAUAAACCUUUGUAUAACUCGAACAAAUUUAAAGAGCAUUUGAGAAUGUUGCUAAAUUGUGAACAGUGUUUUUACAUUGAUCUUUUGCUAAUGCAAUUUAGUGUUUUACAUGCAUGUCUGAAUUAAUAAAACCCUUUAAACUACAA